AAGGUCACUCUGCCCAAGAUGGCGGCCCCCAUGGUGGAGCGUGGAGAGGACGCGUUCAGAACGUUAUUUAAGUUUUAUAGGAGAAAACAUCCCCCCCCGGAUCUGAGCAACGUCCUCGACUUCUCCAAAGGGAUAGUCUGUGACAAGGUUUUGUCAACUAAUCUAGAAGUGAGUGCAGUGAGCGAUGGCGAGGCCAGCAGAGCCGGUCUGCGACCUGUCAGGGACUGGAGAGCCUUCGGGCUGCAAGGCUGCCCAGGGUUCAUCUUCAUCGCCAACCCCUUCCUGCGCGGCUCCCAGCCCCACUGGCUGCGACGCUGUCUGAAGACCUACACCCAGAAGCCCAACGUGUGCAACCUGGACAUGCACAUGUCCCCCAACGAGACAGACGACAUCUGGGGCAAGAGCGCCGACACUCUCAGGAGAGUGCCCUGUGGGAAGAAGGAACCCAAGACGUUACUGGAGAAGCUUCGCUGGGUGACCCUGGGCUACCAUUACAACUGGAACACAAAGACGUACUCCCCGGAGCACCACACCCCGUUCCCCGCCGACCUCCAGCGCCUGUCCGGCCUGGUCGCCGCCGCCGCCGGCUUCCCGGGCUUCAACGCCGAGGCGGGAAUCCUCAACUACUACCGCUUCGACUCCUCGCUCGGGAUCCACGUGGACGAGUCGGAGCUGGACCUCAGCCGCCCCCUGCUGUCCUUCUGUUUCGGCCAGUCGGCCAUCUUCCUCCUGGGCGGCCCCCGGAGGGAGGACCCGCCCACGGCCAUGUACAUGCACAGCGGGGACGUGAUGGUGAUGUCGGGCCAGAGUCGCCUCCUCUACCACGCCGUGCCGCGCAUCCUACAGGACCCCCCUCCCCCCUGCAGCCUCGGGACCAGCCUGAGCAGAGGUCAGGGGUCACCAGAGCGGGGGGUCAGCGGGGAGGGGGGGGUCGACGGGGAGGACUGGGCCGUGUGCUCCAGGUACAUCCAGAGCUCCAGAGUCAACAUGACGGUCCGUCAGGUGCUGGGACCCGGGCAGAGCUUUCCCGGGGUCCCAAAGGGGAGCGCCCCGGACGCAGAGGGAGGGGGGGAGGGGGGGGGGCAGAAACGGAGACGGAGCAGCUCCGGAGGAACAGAGUCUUCUGACACGUGAUGAAACGGCAGGUCGACCUAUGACCUGUUCAUAUGUAUAUGAUAUGUAAAUAUGUCCCGUUAUUCAUAUUAUUAUAAAUUGUAACAGAAUAAUAAACGAGUUCCACAAAUUAG